CUCGUUCACUUCCGGGUUCACGGAUUCCCUCUCCGCUUCAGCUCGGGUAACUUCCGGCGCGGUGUCCGCGCCAGUGUGUUCCGCUGUAGCUAACUCAGCGGCUUCAUGGAUCACACCGCGUCCAAAAGCCGCCUGACGGCCGUCAUCUCCUCCAGGCUGAGCGCCGCCGCCUCGGAGAUCCUGGCAGACGUGGAGAUGACCUGUGACCUGUACGAAGCGGAGGUUUCGGGCUUGAGGCAGGAGAUAGAGCGGCUGAAGAGCCUCCUGGAGCUGCGCCAGCCCCGGGUGAAGGAGGAGCCCGCAGACGAGCAGAUGCUGUUCUCUCUGUGUGGCGCCGAUGGAGGAGACAGAUGGCGGGACGACGCGGGACAGGCGUGUGAAAUGAAGUUUGAGAAUCCUGAGACCCUGAAGAUCGUCUCCUGCACCGGGGACCCAACGGACGGCCGACAUCAUGACGACGCCUCCAGGUUGACUGAUGGAGUCAAUAUGGCUGCCUCCCACAUCAGACACCUGGAAAACUACGUGGAUCUUAAGAUCUGCAUCCUGACCGACUGGACCAUCCAGGAGGUCUCAGACCAAGUGGAUGAUCAGUACCCGGUUCACGAGCUGCAGUGUCGCUCAGGCCAGCAGGAAGCCGACUUCUUGAAGCUGCUGAGGUCCAGCUUCCCUCUGCUGGCCCCCAGCACUCCCUUUGAGUCCUUCAUCACCGACCCGACCAACAGGCUGCAGCCUCUGGAGGUGCAGUCCUUCACACCGGAGCAGAUCUGCAGCGCAGCGGGGAACUCCGCCCUCUACAUCCGCCUGAAGUGUCCAGUAGAGCAGGAAGCAGGAAGUCAUCAGCAGCUUAUGCAAACCAGUGAUGAUUCCUUUGCCUAUGAAGUUGCUCCGCCCAUGGAGCAUCAGGCUGCACCCGACGCCACCAGAAACGAGACUCGCCAGAGAAAGCCGUUUGAAAACCAGCGUGGUCGUAAUGAAGACAUUGUUCUCAAGGCCCGGGUUAUAGAGGACUCCCGAAUUGUGGCUCUGUCAAAGACCGUGCUGAAGAAGUACAAGUCUAAAAGGCUCCGGUGUCCCCGUGGGAUGCAGGAGGCCGACUUCCUGAAGCUGCUGAGGUCCGCCUUCCCCCAGCUGGCCGCUGGAGCGCCGUUUGAGUGUUUAAUCACCAACAUCACCAAGAAACUGCUGCCUCUGAAUGUGGAGUCCCUGACGCCAGAACAGAUCAGCAGCGCUGCAGGGAACUCUGCCCUCUACAUCCGACUGAAGUCUUCAGAGGGAAAGAUCAAGUCCAGACUGAAAGAUCUACUGACAGAGGCACCAAGAAAAAAAAAAGAGUCUCAAAACAAAUGUCAGCUCAAAGAAACAGACACACACAUCAACCUCCGGAUUCACGUCCUGGAGGACUCCAGCAUCACAGUCGUCACGGCAGAAGUGCUGAAGAAAUACCGUCUGAAUAAACUGGAGUGUCCUCGUGGGAUGAAGGAAGCGGACUUCCUGAAUCUGCUCAGGUCCAAGUUUCCACAGCUGACGCUGUUUGAAUCCUUUAAGUGCGACCGCAACAGGAAGCUGCAGCCUCUCCACCUGCAGGCCUUCACACCUGAGCUGAUCUGCGCGGCGGCCGGGACGUCUGCCCUCUACAUCCGGCUCCAGCAUCCAGAGAAACCCAAUAAUAGAACAGAAGAGACUCGGCAGAACAAUCAGGACGGAGAGCGUCCAGCUCCACCCAGUACCAGAAAUAAAAACCCAGCAGAUGAUGAAGACACUCACAUCAACCUGAAGAUCUGCUACCUGCAGGAAUCCCAGAUGGAUCUGUUUUCCUCUCAGGACGGAGCUUCUUCCACUUUCAACCCGCAGCUCAUUUUUAGGAAGUUUCCGAUCCAUGUGCUGACAUGUCCCCGAGGUCUGCAGCAGUCGGACUUCUUGGCCUUCCUCAGAUCCACGUUUUCUCGGCUGGCUUCAGAUCGGCCCUUCAGUGUUUUUGCUCUGCAAGGCCAGAAGAUGCUGCAGCUGAACCUGAAGAGUGUGAAUCCAGAGGAGAUCAGGGCGACCAUCGACUCUCUGGAGGCUUCGGUCAUCUGCAUCCAGGAGCUGAAGGAUGUUCCUCAGAAAGAAGCCGAUGAAUAUAAAGAUCCUCGUCCAAGAACUCCACAGGCCAGCAUCCAGGAAGCCAGCAGGGCGACCUCUGACCCUGAAGACCUGGUGGAGCUGAAGAUCUGCAUCGUGGCCGACCCCACGAUAGACGUUGCCUCUCCUCUAGUGCUGCAGAAAUAUCCCGUCCUGGAGCUGCAGUGUCCCGGGACGCUGCAGGAGGCCGAGUUCCUCAGCUUGCUGAGGUCGACCUUCCCUCAGCUGGCUGGAGAAGCGUUGGACUUCCUGACCGGUCACGGCGGCGACGUGAAGCCCAUCAACCUGCAGAAUCUGACGUCUGAUGACAUCAGCAGGACCCUGAGAUCCGCCGGCGGUUCUCUGCUCUACGUCCGCCUGAAGGAGCAGCGUGACGUCCAGACCAGCGUGAAACGGAGCCGCUCUGACGUUUCGCCCUCCAGCAGAAGUGGAAAAAACGAAGAAAGAGAGUGA